CUGGAGGUCUGUAGACUCCUCAUUGAUUCAGGAUGUAAGAUCGACAUCACAACAAGAGAUGGAUACACAGCUUUACAUUGGGCUGCUAGGAAGGGAUAUCUACAGAUCACAAGAUGUCUGGUAGAACAAGGAGGUGCAAGUCCCUUGGUUACAACACAUAAGGGUCAGACUCCAUAUGAUGUAGCAGCAGCAGAACAAAGUAGGCAAUAUAAAGAAGUGAUGGAAUACUUACAGACUGUCAUGUCAGAGAAAUCUUCAGAUGUUAGUGCUAAACUAAGGAUAGAAGAUGAAAUGGUUCCAACUGAAAUAAAACUAAUGGCUGACAAAAGAUCUAUUGAUUUGUACCUCAAAUUACUUGAGUCAGGCUCUGAGAAAAAGAGAGACAUACGUUUAGUAGUUGUUGGGAAGAAAGGUGCUGGGAAGACAUCAUUGAUUAGACGAUUGUUUGGUGAAGACAUUACAGAUGUUACCAGUACAAAUGGAAUCGAAAUUCACAAAAUAAAAUGCAAAGCAAUGUCUGAUGAUGGCAUAUGGAAUAAAUUAGAUGGAACCAAUGGAGAAACUGAAAUUCAUGCAAGACUCUUGAAACCAUUCAAAGGAACAAUUGAAGCAUCAGCAGAAGGAGCCCAUAAAGCUGUGAAGGAAAACACACCAUCAACAAGUUUUGAUGAAUCAGAGACAGUAACCCAGCAGCCUAAAAUAAUGUUACCUUCAGUUACCACUGAAUCUGAAGUUGAACCUCCAGUAACCACUGAAUCUCAAGUUGAACCUCCAGUAAUCUUGCAGCAACGAAACCAAGCAUUAGAACAAGCAAAAAUGGAAAUUGAAGCCAUGCUUAAAUCUAAUGUUGAUUUACAUGACAAAGAGGAGUAUGCCACAUUAUUGUUAUGGGAUUUUGCAGGAGAUGAAGAAUUUUACCACACACAUCAAACUUUUUUAUCACAAGAUGCGAUUUAUCUUGUCGUAACAAAACUCAAUGAGGCUGACGACAAAAAAGCAAAAGAGAUGUUUCAGUUGUGGAUGAACUCAAUACAUUGCUACUGUAGUACCACUGAAGUGAUUGGAAGUAUUGAAGAGAAGAAUAAGUGUCUUUAUCCACCAGUGGUUCUUGUUGGUACACAUAAAGACAAAGUUGAGGCUUCUGAGGAAGUGAAGAUUGAGGAUGCAUGUAGAGAUUGCCUUGAUAAAUAUGCUGAGGAUGUUUCAGCUGUUGCACGAAGACACAUUAGUGAUAAGUACGAGUACUUUAUUUCAAACACAGAAGAUAAUCCAAGUGUAUUCCAGCUAAUACGACAAAAUCUCUUAAACUUAGCCACAACAAUGAGAACAUGGAAUAUAGACUAUCCUAUUAAAUUUAUUCAGUUGGAAAAAUGUCUACGAGAGAAAAAGAAGGAGUUACCAAUUAUUUCCUUUAAUGAAAUUAAGCAAAUAUCUACUGAAAUACCAAAACCAUUAAAUCAUGAAGAACUUAUGUUAUAUUUAAAAUUUCAUCAUGAACUCAGAGCUUUGGUUUAUUUUGAGGAUCUUCCAGAUUAUAUCAUUUUAGAUACUCAAUGGUUGUCUGAUGCUUUUAAAUGUAUAAUAACAGCAAGGAAAUUUCAAUCAGGUGCCAGACGGCAUCUUUUAACGGAUGAAUGGAAUGAUUUAAAUAUUAAAGGAAUAUUACAUAGUGUGGUUUUGGAACAUAUAUUAGAAACAAAUAAGAAAAUCUUUAAAUUUGAGGAAAAGCAAAAUUUGUUUCAACAUAAAGAUCAUAUACUGAACGUGAUGGAGAAAUUUGAUAUUAUAAUACGUCCAACCAUAUCAGACAGAGAUGCCGCUGAUACAAAAACUUGCUAUUACAUACCGUGCAUGGUUAAAGAGGUUCUGGACUGUCCUAUAAAUGAACAAUUUAAUGUGACAGAAAAAAACUGUACAAAAUCCACUUGGCUAUGUUUCAAAUUUAAAUUUCUACCAGGACAUUUAAUGAAUCAUUUGAUUGCUUCACUGAGCCGGAAAUACGAAAUUGCAGAAGUACCUGUCCGAGGACAAACAAAACGACCAAUAGCUCUUUUCAGAGGAACUGUCGUCUUUAAGUUACAGAAGACUUCAAAAUUACUUGUGAUGACAUAUCAAAAUGUUAUUCAGAUUCAGGUUUGGGAUUUUGGGAAACAUGGUAACAUUGAAAGAUGUUUUUUCAAGAACAUUAAUGAUUUUGUCACAGAAGAAAUAAACACUAUAAUAAGUAAACGAUUCAAAAUGACGACUGUAAAAUUUGACAAAAUGUUGGGAUGCAGCCUUGCAGAACCAGACUGUGUAACAGGAUUUUAUGAGCAGGAUGCAGAUUAUUUUUGUGAGAUGUGUACAGAAACACAUAUCAAUGAAUGGUCUGAUCAUGCACCUAUAAAGCUGACAGAGAAAUCUGAAAAAAAUCAACAUGUUCCGGGAUCUUAUUCUUGCAUAGAAAACAACAGGCAAAUCCAAACUACACCCACAAAGGUGCAUUUAUGUUUUAAAACUGGUAAGAGAGAUCAUUCAAAUGUUUCUGAAGAGCCACCAAGUAAACGCAGUUUGAGAGAGUUUACCAAAGAAGAGAUCAAUUUUACAAAGAUGGGAAUAAUUGUGCUGAACAUUCUUGCUGAUGUUUCAUAUGACCUUCUAAAACCAGAUAAACCAAAUCUACGUCCGAGGAGCGAUUACGAUAUAUCACACUUAUACCAGGAACACUUUAAACUUAACAAACAUAUUCCAACUAAUCGAUGGGGAGGGAAUUGGCAAACCAUUAAGGGUACAGACAUAGCUAUUGGUGAUGAUAUUGAGCGCAUAAGACUUACAAGGAAUGAACUACAACACUCAACGGCAGCUGAGCUUGGUGAUACACGUUUUAAUGAGUUGUGUAACAUAUUAACUGAACUCUUAAAACGGUUUGACCACUAUAACAAACCACAAAAGCUGUAUACAGAUGAGCUAAAUGAUAUUUUGGCUAAAACUAUUACAGAUGAAGAUGUGAAAUCAGUUAAAAAUGAUUUUCUGGAAAUGACUGUUGAGGUCGAAAUAGAACAACAAUUUAAUGUUCCAAUGCAUUAGAGAAAUACAGUUGUUCUCAUCAUUUGUAUGGCAAACAGUUAUUUUUUGCGAUGAGAAAUACACAGAUUACCAUAGAAACAGAUUUGCAGAAGACCAAUCCCUUGUGGAUAGAAGGCGAUCAUCUUUAUAUCUAAUAAUGUUAAUUGCAAUAUAAUGCUGCCGAUAAAAAUCAGACAAUCAUGUAUAGUAACUUUACCUUAUUAUACUUGCCACAGGGUUUGUUCUUACAUGAGCAACAGGACAUGUGCCACUAGUGGAGUAGGAUCUGCUUACCCUAUUGGAGCACCUGAGAUCAUCCAAAGUUUUGGUGGGGUUCUUGUUGCUCAGUCUUCAGUUUUCUAUGUUGCGUUUUGUUUACUGUUGUUUGUCUGGUUACACUCCAUUAUUCCGACAACCCAUUAGUCCGACAGCCCAUUAGUCCGACAGCCCAUUAGUCCGACAGCUCAGUGGUACAACGGCCGAUUGUUCCGACAGCCAAUUGGUCCGACAACCCAUUAGUCCGAAAACCCUUGAUCCGACAGCCUAUUAAUCCGACAACCCAUUAGUCCAUCACUUAGAAAUAAUCAAUGCGCGGUAUCAGGGUAAAAGAAAAUAUGUCUGUCAGUAUUAUAACGUAUAUGUUAUUACAUAUCAUUUACAGAAAUAAUUCCAUAUAUAUAUAGAUCUAUGUACCUGUUCGAAUACUUUUUAUAUACCUAAUUUAAAUUUGUGUAUAGAGGUCUAUUAUUCAAUUUCGUGCCUUUUCGUAUAUACAGAAAUCGUUUGAAUAUUUACAGAAUUCGAAAAACGAAUAUACAGAACUAUUUCCGUUUGGAUAGACUUGUAUACGGAAUUAUGACAUAACAUUCUUUGCAGACGCAAAUACAAGACUAUGCAGAAUUCUAAUUACAUAUAUAUCUAAACAUAUAUAUGAAUAAUUCUAAUAACGUUAUACAGGGAAUUAUUUAUACAGAUGUUCGUCAAACUAUUUUCUACAAGUUAGGCAAGGUCAGAAUGUGAUUCUAUUCUGUAUAUUUGAUAUUGUGUAACUCCAAUGAUAUACGGCCAAAUAUGACCCGACACCUUAGACAUUAGGUGGGUGUUAUCUGACCCGACACCUUAGACAUUAGGUGGGUGUUAUCUGAUCCGACACCUUAGACAUUAGGUGGGUGUUAUCUGACCCGACACCUUAGACAUUAGGUGGGAGUUUUGUCUUUGUCUUACUUUGCCAUGACAUUGUCAGUCUUUGACUUAUGAGUUUGAAUAUCCAUUUGGUCUCGCCUCUCUUUUAUAAAGAAAUUGUCAAGAUAAAAAAAAAUGGACUAAAGAGGAAAUAUUGUAAUAGAAGUUUGGUCUGUUAUAGUAAAUAAACUCAUCAUAGAUA